UAUAUGCCAUCGACGCCGCCUUAUAUGCCAUCGACGCCGCCUUAUAUGCCAUCGACGCCGCCGUCACCGCCGAUAUUGCCCCGUAGGUACCAAACUAGCGGAAAACAACAACAACAGAAAGACUAUCACAGCUACCGCCGCCGCAACCGACCACCACUGACGCCACCGUCGCCGCCGACAUCGGUAAAGUCCCGUAAAUACAAAGUUGACGCUCAACUAGAACAGCGAGACCGCAACCGAAUGUAUUCAGAUUGGAGUUAUGGCGGCGGCGGCGGUGACGACGAUGGCGGCAAUGGUUCCGGUAUUGAUAACAAGCGACGAACACCUUCAAGAUCUCCAUCUCAUUCUUCUUCUUCUUCUUCUACUACUUCAUCAUCAACUUCUACAUCGUCGUCCUCGUCGUCGUCAUCGUCAUUAUCAUCGUCAGCGCCGACCACACCAUCGCAACUAACGUUUUACAAGACAGAGCUUUGCUGCCAAUUCGCUGAAUACGGUUAUUGCGAUUACGGCGACAGGUGUCUGUUUGCUCACGGCUCCGACCAAUUGAAACCGUUACCGCCGACCAACUGUCAGUACAAAGUUCGGCUGUGCGCCAACUAUCACGGCCUUCGUGGCUACUGUUCGUUUGGUAACCGAUGCAAGUUUAUACAUUCAAGACACGAGGCAACCAUUUCAUGGUCCUCCCGCAACAGCAGCCGCUUCCGCACCGAUAGUGGUCAACAACAACGACAACGAUCGCCGUUCAAAGUAUGUCGGAUACAGCAGCGGAAGCGAUCAUCGAUACGACUACCCAAUGGCCGGCGAACCGAUUGGGGUAGUAGUCGCAGGUCGUCCUCUAAGUAAUGAACCGAUAGUUUUUUUAGAGGACAGUUGACUUUUUUUUUGUUUUAUUUA